AUGGUAAAAUUUACUUUCCCGGUGCCGGGACGAAGAUCGAAGCAAGCCGCGGAGCCGGCCGCAUCCGCCAUACCAUUAACCAAGGCACAGAAGAUUUUGGGAACUGGUGGCAUCAAUACUGGCUCUACAGCAGCAGUCAGAGGGGUAACACCCAAGCAGCCAUGGGACGCUAGGUCAGGGAUCAGUAUAUCAAUAUCUGAGAGCAGCGCCAGCCACACCGUUACCGAGACUGGUUUAGAGGUCCUUCAUGAAGAGGGCGGCUUUACGAAUGGUAUGAAUUAUGGGGGUAGGGGCUGGGAUACUGAGUCGGAGGUCCUUCCGCGUCAUUUACAAGCCGGAAAUGGACUGAGAACGCAGAGGUCAGCCGCUACUAUAGGCAACGACUAUAGAACCGACGCAUCGAGUCUUCAGAGACGUCAGUCAAAUGCAUCAACCAUCUACAGUCACUAUGAUCGGAGUAAAGUCCCAUUGUCGAUCUCACAGCAAACUUCCAACUCGGCCAUGGCGAAAGGAUUGCCAAACUCCAAAGCGAAUGCGCUCCUUGAUAUGGACGGUUCAAUUUCGGGGCCAACAGGGAAGAAAAAGAAGCCGUCGAGACUUGAUCUAUCAAUGCUGAGGCCCCGGAACCGUAGGGAACGCGCUUCGCAGGCGGCUCCUGUUCUUGGCAAUGAUUAUGUCACAAGAUCUCCAUCUUUUGUGUCAUUGUCGUCCACUCAGAUUACACCUGGAAGGAAGUUGAGAAAAUCGCCAUCAACAAUCAGCACGGGUACAUACGAUAGUCCUUCGGGCCCCCAUGAUUCGACGACACUAUCUCAACUGUAUGACCAUUACGAGGCGAUGUCUUUCCGCUCUCAAAGCUCGCCAGCGGAGGAGAAUAUGGCUCGUCCGCGGUUUGACUCGGUAUCAGAAGAGCCAGAGCCAACGCCAGCCCUUACAACAUCAUCAACGAUUUCACAAGUGACGCCUCUUUCGAAUCCCACAGCUCAUGAAUCUAGCCGUCGCACUGGUCACUCUAGGAAAGAUUCAGUUGGCAGCCGGAACACGGUCACCACCGUCGGCAGUCCAAGCAUUGCCCCGUCUUCAUAUCUGGCACCAGGAGGAGAUUGUGCAUCAAGCAUAUCGAGUCGAAAUACUCGAGGUUCCAAAACAUCCAAAAAUUCGCGAAAAAUGGACUCAGAUCUACAACUGACCAGCGUGCUGUCAUUGUCGGAUUCUGAUUCCGAUGAUGGAACAACAUUCAGUGACUCGGUCGGUCCAAAAUCAUCCGUGUCCUCUCACUCGAACAUCUCGCAAGACGAUGCUAGCCUGUCAGGGGAUGUUCGUAAACCAACAACCACGACACGAUCUCCCGUGGUCCAAGAGCGAAGCUCUAGCAGGCAAAAGCACACUAGUUUCACACCUCUAAACGACUACCUGACUGUUCCAGCGGCAAGCACCAAGACCCACAGUACUCGCAAGCCGUCUGAAAGCACACUUCGCUCGUACGCAUCUUCCACAAGCACGGCUACUGCGACGGCCCAUUCUCAAUCCCAGCCAGGCAAAGGGUCUCGACUAUCCACGUCAAGCAAAGACAGCAAAGGCACUUCAUCGUCUCACCACAGCCAGACGUCUCACAAGAAGCGCCAACAAUCUAGGCCUAUAGCCCAAGAAGCGAAGGCCGUCACCUUGAAGCCCUUAGCCUCAACCGCUGAGGCUCUUGAUUCACUAAGGGAACUAACAGCCCAAGCUCAAGCCAAGGACCGUCGCACGCUCAGCUCUGAAGAACUGACGCCUCCUUUGUCACCUGCAAGUCUCGCCUCAUACGGUCAUGACUACGGUGGUGAUGAGACUGGCGAGGCCCGCAAUGCUAGACUCAUGGCGGUCACGAAGCAGGAAGAGAUGCUACUCGCUGCCUUGCGUCAAAAAAGAGCCAUGAUGAGGGAGAAUAUCAUCGCUGAGAUUGAAGGGGACAAGGCCAGUGUCACCAGUCGCCGGACGAGUACGAGCAGCGGGCGGUCAGGCAAGGCUGGCAGAGUAAUGAGUAGUGCACCACAACUACCACCACUUCCGUCGAGAGAUUCAUCACUCGUCUCGAGCUUCAAGAGCAUGACUGAGCGGAAAGAUAGUGUGCGCAGAACUGACAACAACGUUCGAUUCGCCGAUGAGCCUCAAUCGAACACCCACAACAAUCCAAUCGAGAAACGCUCCAGCUCGGCAAUGAGCAAUGCCACCAUAAAGGGUAACUCGCAUGGCCGAACAGAACGAGUGCUCAUGUUCCUUGACCGGCCACUUGAAGACUUCCACGCGAUCGACGUCGCGGAACCAAGCCCGGACCUGAGCGAGUUUAUGGACUACGAUCAGGACAGUGAUGGCGAGAUCCUCCCCGAUAGACGAAGCACCAGACGGAGCUCUCGAUUCAACAGCACAUAUGGCACAUCGACACCAGCCAGCAGACGUGGCGGUGAGCGACCUAGAGCUGACUCGAACUUGCUCGGCGUCCGAGGAUCAUCUCUGCGCAGGCAGCUCGAAAAACUUCCGGAAUCGUCCUACGAGAGCAACGAGGAGGAGGACUUUGACUUUGAUGGCUUCUCUGAUGUCAUGUGCCCUCCUCUAUCCGACGAGGACACUACUAAUUUCGCCACCACAAGAACAAAUACCCCAGUUCAGUACAAGCAGCACUCCAAGGGACACGUCAAGGGCAAGAACAGCGCUGUGCGCUUGAGCGCCGUUGGCAACUUUGGCUCUUUCAUGCCCCCUGAGGUCGGACUUUGGGGCGACGACGGUUGA